GCAACCAGGAAGGAAACUGAUACUGAAAGUGAAGCUGGACUGUUUCUUUUCUUUUUCCAGUUACAGUUCCAAGAGAGACUAGAAACUUCAAGGAGUCAUGGCAGCUCAAUCUUAUGGCAACAUUAUGCAUGUUGAUACUACUGGAGCAUCCGCUGAAACUGGAAAGCAAGAAGGCCUGAGUUAUGGUGGGGUUCCAGCUUCAGAAAAAAUUGCAGAGAGAGAUCUAAAGAAUCUGGAGAAAUAUAAGACAAAAAUUAUGAAUGUCAGUAGAAAAACAGGUAUUGAUGCAGCUAUAAUUGCUGCUAUAAUCUCCCGAGAAUCUCAUGCUGGGACUCUCCUGAAGAAUGGCUGGGGUGACCAUGGAAAUGGAUUUGGUUUGAUGCAGGUUGACAAACAAUUUCAUAAACCCACGGGCACAUGGGACAGUGAGGAACAUAUGAUCCAGGCUACCAGCAUUCUGCGUUCUCUGAUAAAGGAGAUUGAAAAAAAAUUUCCACAGUGGACUAAGGAACAACAGCUCAAAGGUGGAAUUUCAGCCUACAAUGCAGGUGUUAAAAAUGUCCGGAGUUAUGACCGAAUGGAUAUAGGCACAACAAAGAAUGAUUAUGCCAAUGAUGUUGUUGCAAGAGCCAAGUUUUACAAAAGAAAUGGAUACUAAUAAUGCUUUCCAACAAUUACUUGAAAUGAAUUCAUAAAGAACCAAUUUAUAAAAAUGUUGAUCUAUAUUCCUUCCAAGUUCAUUGUAUUUUAUCUCUUGACUCUUAUAUGUAACACACUUUCCAAAUUCCAUGUCCCAGGUUGUUUUAAAUGGUUUUGAUGUGAAAUCAUGGUGGUAGUUUAAAUGCAUUAAACUUGGCAAAGUAAAGGAAGUGCUAAACGACUGUUUUGUGUAAAUUAGCAUGCAUGUUACACACUUUAUUUUCACUUUUUUCUGCCCACUGCUUAUGAUUUGCUUUGGAGAUUUGAAUUUUCUUCCUUUAAGCUAACAGCUACUAUGUCCAUUAACAUAAUAUAAGAGAUAGUUUGAUGUAUUAGUUGAGAUUUAGGUUGUUAAGAUUGUAAUUACUUUCCUAAAUAAACUAAUUUGGGCAA